AUGGCGCUGCUCCACACUCUGCCGAGACGGGCGCCCGCAGGGCUGCUUCCCCCGUUGGCGAGACGCUUCUCAACCUCUCCCCGCCACGCCAACUAUGCGGACACGCUGCCCAAUCUCAAGAUUGGUGCCCACACGAGGGUGCUUUUCCAGGGAUUUACAGGGCGACAGGCUACGGCUAAUGUGAAAGAGUCUCUCGAAUGGGGCACGAAGAUCGUCGGUGGUGUCAAGCCGGGGGUGGAGGGCGAGCAUUUGGGCCUGCCUGUGUUUCCGUCUGUUAGCGCUGCCCAGCAGAGAGCUAAGCCCGAUGCCUCGGCCAUCUAUGUGCCCGGCAACCAAACAGCAAAGGCCAUUGAGGAAGCCAUUGAGGCGGAAAUUCCGCUGGUUGUGGCUGUGGCCGAGCACGUUCCAAUCCAUGAUAUUCUCCGAAUCCAUUCCAUGUUGCAAACGCAAUCUAAGACGCGUCUGGUCGGAGCCAACUGCCCGGGCAUCAUCUCUGCCAUUGGCAAGUGCCGAAUUGGGUUCCAGCCGCUGCCAUGCUUCGCACCCGGGAACAUUGGCAUUAUCGCCAAGUCGGGCACUCUCAGCUACGAAACCGUGGCAUCGACGACGCGGGCGGGGCUUGGACAGAGUCUCUGUAUUAGUAUGGGCGGCGACGUGUUGGCGGGUACCAAUUUUGUCGAUGCUCUUCGCAUUUUCGAACAUGAUCCUGAUACCCAGGGGAUUAUUCUCGUUGGGGAGAUUGGUGGUGUUGCAGAGAUGGAUGCUGCGGAGUGGAUUCGGGAUUAUCGGAGGAGAACUCCCAACCCUAAGCCUAUCAUGGCUCUCAUUGGCGGAUUGGAAGCUCCUCCUGGGCGCAUUAUGGGCCAUGCUGGUGCCUGGGCUGCGCCUGGAGAACCGGACGCACAGACGAAAUACCAGGCCCUCGAACGUGCCGGAGCAGUCAUGGUCAAUCAUCCGGAGAAGUUUGGCGAGGGUAUGAAGACCCUGCUGAGUAACGGUGCUCGGCCGGGCACAGGUUCUAUCUUGGGAACAGGCUCGCAAAGACGAGGUCUGCACACCUUGAGACGAGUUAUCCCAUCCCCAGGGUCAACCACUCAGCAGAGACGCAGCUUGUACAUCAAACAAUUCCAGGCUCUGGAAAUCCUCAAACAGAAAGCCGUUCCUGUGAAAGAUACACCGACAGCACCGUCUGAUAAAUCCAUUUCGAUUACGGUCGACCGAACUGCCUUGUCUCCAUGCAUCAUUGCGUCUCCAACUGCAGACUUCGACCCAGCUCAGUCCCGCAAAUUCCCAUUCAGUUACACCCAAACCAACUUUGUAGAUAGCCCCGUCAUUGCCGAAGUGAUCUCACACUUGGAUCUCCCGGAUUCGGCACACGGCAAGCUAGCAGGCCUGGUUCAAGCACUGUGGGAGAUCUUCACGGAGAAAGAGGCUUUUGUGCUGGAGACUCGGGUGGGCACAUCGGCGACUGGUGAUUUGGAAAUUCACGGCGCACGGUUUGGCUUUGAUGAUGCUGCCUUCCGCAGCUCCGGGCGCCAGGAAGAGAUCCAUCGUCUGCGGAACACGGCCGAGGAAGUUCCAGAAGAGGUUGAGGCUGAGAAGGACGGGAUCGUAUACGUUAAGUACGGAUGCUCUACUAGUCAAUAUUCCCCCGGUACUAACUAUAGCAGGUUGGAAGGCGAAGGCAGUGUCGGCACACUGGUCAACGGAGCCGGCCUAGCCAUGAACACAGUCGAUGCCCUAACAAUCCACGGCGGCCACUGCGCCAAUUUCCUCGACACAGGCGGCAAGGCCACCUCGGAGACAGUCAAGUCGUCGUUCCGGAUCAUCUGCUCGGACACGCGCGUGAAGGCGAUUUUCGUCAACAUUUUCGGCGGGUUGACGCGCUGCGACAUGAUCGCCGAGGGCAUCAUCCUGGCAUUCCGGGAUCUGGAUAUGAAAGUGCCGGUGGUGGUGCGGUUGCGUGGCACGAAUGAAGAAAGUGGUCAGAAAAUGAUUGCCGACAGUGGACUGCCACUGCACGCAUUUGAUGGGUUUGAAGCGGCCGCGAAGAAGGUGAUUGCAUUGGCCAAGAGUACAUAG